GCGACGCGCCGCCGGCUGGCGCAGCCCUUCGCUCGCCCGGCCUCCCCCUCCCUGGUUCCGCGCUCGGGUUCCGCCAUGGAAUCCAACAAGGAUGAAGCCGAGCGCUGUAUCAGCAUCGCCCUCAAGGCCAUCCAAAGCAACCAGCCCGAGCGGGCGCUGCGCUUCCUGGAGAAGGCGCAGCGGCUAUACCCGACGCCACGAGUCACCGAACUGAUCGAGUCCCUCAACCAAAAACCACAGUCUGCCGGUGACCAACCCCAACCCACAGAUACAUCCCACACCACCCACAGGAAGGCAGGCGGGACCGAAACCCCCUCAGCCAACGGCGAGGCAGGAGGAGGAGAGAGCACCAAGGGCUACACCUCAGAGCAGGUGGCAGCUGUGAAAAGGGUCAAACAGUGUAAAGAUUACUACGAGAUCCUAGGGGUGAGCAGAAGUGCCUCAGAUGAGGACCUGAAGAAGGCCUACCGAAAACUGGCCCUCAAGUUCCAUCCAGACAAGAACCAUGCGCCUGGUGCCACGGAAGCUUUUAAAGCCAUCGGCACGGCAUAUGCUGUACUCAGCAAUCCAGAGAAAAGGAAACAGUACGACCAGUUUGGUGACGACAAGAGCCAGGCUGCCCGACAUGGCCACAGCCACGGGGACUUCCACCGAGGCUUUGAAGCUGACAUCUCCCCCGAAGACCUCUUUAACAUGUUCUUUGGUGGUGGUUUUCCUUCCAGUAACGUCCAUGUCUACAGCAAUGGCCGAAUGCGAUACACCUACCAGCAGAGGCAGGACCGCAGGGAGAACCAGGGUGAUGGCGGGCUAGGAGUAUUUGUCCAACUGAUGCCCAUCCUCAUUCUUAUCCUCGUGUCAGCGCUCAGCCAGCUCAUGGUGUCCAGCCCACCCUACAGUCUGAGCCCGAGACCGUCAGUGGGCCAUGUCCACAAGCGAGUCACUGACCACCUGAGCGUCGUGUACUAUGUGGCAGACACCUUCUCUGACGAAUACACAGGCUCCAGCCUCAAAACAGUUGAACGGAAUGUGGAAGAUGACUAUAUCGCCAACCUCCGAAACAACUGCUGGAAAGAAAAGCAGCAGAAGGAAGGCUUGCUGUACCGGGCCCGCUACUUUGGUGACACAGACAUGUACCACAGAGCACAGAAGAUGGGCACCCCGAGCUGCAGUCGGCUGUCAGAGGUGCAGGCCUCCCUGCAUGGAUAGUUCUGGGCCAGCCACACCACCCAGGUCCAAACUAUGAAAUCCCUGGAGAAUUUUUGGUGACACACACUGAGCCAAGGUGAUGGACUGUAUAUUUAAGAAAAGACAUACACAGAAAAAAAUGAAAAUGGACCUGAAGGCUGAAUACUACACAGCUGCCCUCUCUCAACCAGUGAAUGCAGAAAGCUCUGAGGACGGACAGAAAGCCUGCUGCAGGGUUGCUUCCUCCCCUCCCGGGGCUGGCAAGAAGCUCCACAUCACGGGCUCCUAGGAUACAGAAACCAUGGCAACGAAAGUAGAAUGUAAAACUUGCAGCAAAUGUCUGUGGGGAAGGACUGGGGGAGGGGACACCCCACUGUCUGUCCUCCUCCUCCCAGGAGCCAGCACCAGUCACCUCUCCUUACAGGAGAAGCCAGGCAGAGGCAUGGGCCAAGGAAUAGAGAAGAGAGAAUUCCAGAGAAUGUAACUUAGAAAUGCAUAUGUAUGUAUAUAUAUCUAUUUAUAUGUAAAUAGACAUAUAUAAAGAUAUAUAUAUAUAUAUAUAUAUAAAGUCUUUUUUAACUGUGCAGGGAUUGGGUUAAGAUGUUCAGCUGAUUUCUUCCAUAUUUUAGAAGAUAAGGGCUGUUUGGGAAGGCAUCCUGGUUUUCAAAAGCUAGACAGUAGCUGAAGCUGACAGCAUACGGAAAGUCAAGUCGGAUGCUUUUAGCACCACGCUUAGCCCAGCCUGGCUUUGAUGGCAACAGUAAUCAUGGUGGUAUAAAUCCAUAGAAAACUUCCAAAAGUCUCCAGGCUUAUGGUUAAGGUAGGGGGAGCAGGUGGGGCCAGAGAAAGGUACCCCUGGAGAUAGAUAGCUGGUCAGUAUUGGGCCAUGGUAGAGACCCCCAGAGGGCAGCUCCUCAUGCUGCCUCCUCCUUGGCCAGCCUCAGGUGGACUCUCUCCCCUCGUGCCCAGGAGUCCUGCAGCCAGUCCCCUACCGUACCUCUUCCCCACCCAAGUCCCCAGGUGGGUUUGCCUUACAGGUGCCACAGGGCACAGCUCCACCAUUGCCAACAGGUUUUCUCUAAGUUGUGCACCAAGGACUCCAGAAGGCUCUUCAUCCGGGAGUUGACCCAGGACCCAAGUGUAGCCCAGCUUGUGAAGAAGAGCCUGUGUCUGUGGGCACUUGUCUUUCCUCCACAGUGGACUCCACCAGGCCUCUGCUCACUGGCUGAAGAAUCCACAACAACCACAAUGGCUUUCCCCUUCAGAUGAGGAAUUGUCUCAAAACAGCCAUUGCUGCCAGGGGAAGCAGGGAGCUUUAUUUAACCUGCUUCCAGGAUUAUAAUGGGCCUUUGAGAAUCGCCAUUUCUCCCAGUUUUCCUGUGGCGGUGGAUAUGGCGUUCUACCUGCCGUCUUCCAAAGCCUUACUUCCCCAAGCUGCCAGCCCGGAGGUGGCAUCUGUCCCCCCAGGGUUUCUCUCUCUCUCUCUCUCUCUCUCUCUCUCUCUCUCUCUCUCUCUCUCUCUCUCUCUCUCUUUCUGAUUUAACCCCUAACAAAUAGGAUUCUUGCUGGUAAAGGAAGUUUGGUUAGGAAUGUCAAAUCUGGUUUUUUAAAAAACAAGGUCCCAUCCUGUAAUGAAGAGGCUACCCUGGCCUAGAGAGAGAAUGAGAACUGGACACAGACCAGAGUACCCCACCCACGGUGGCCCUGGUGCUCUGCCUCCACCACCCCAACUGUCUGGUCUUGGUACCUGUCCCUAGAGGGGCUGAGCCAUGUGCAAUAAGAACAUAGAUCCUAAAGGAUCCCCUGAGAAGCUGUAUUUCUUGAAUUAGAAUUCUGAUAUUGUACAUCUAUAAAUAUAUGUUUACUAUGUGA